AUGGAAAAAAAUUUCAAGGAUUCCGAUAAUCCUCCAGUAUUUGCUCUAAUGAUGCAUGUCAAAAUUGGCAUUUUAUUGCAAAACAACGAAAUUGCUGUUGAAUCAAUUAAAAAAGCACUUGAAUUAAUGCCUAAUUGUUCUGCUGCUAUUUAUCUUUCUGGAGUUUUGGAACCUCCCCCGAGUGAGAGAAUGAGUCAAAAUAAUUUUGAGGCUUAUUUUCAAAAUAUGGAGAAGACAAUGAAUAAUGCAUUAGAAGCUGAUCCAAAUAAUUGGGAACCUUACAGGAUGCUUGCUAAAAUGCAACUUAAUAAGCAGAACAUUCAAGAGGCAAUCAAGUUUUAUGAUAAGGCAUUGGAACUUGCUCGCGGGAAGGACGAAAUUAAGAUCUUAAUGAAGGAAAAACUUUUUAUUGAAAUGGAAGAAAAGAGACGUAACAAUAAAAAACUUCCAAAACGACUUGCCACCGUUUAA